GUUAGCAUGCUAUAAAUACUUGGUGCAUCUGGAUAGGUUCAGGGUAGGCUAAUGUCUGGGUUUCAGCAGACCAGACCACAGGCUCUAUAUUGAUCUAGUGAUUUAUUGGACUGGGACAGGGAUUGGAACAUCCCUGAGGUGACAGGCCAUCAUGCCCAGGGUGGACGUGAAGCUGGACUUUAAAGAUGUCCUGUUCAGACCCAAGAGAAGCAGCCUUUACAGAUGUCCUGUUCAGACCCGAGAGAAGCAGCCUUUACAGAUGUCCUGUUCAGACCCGAGAGAAGCAGCCUUUAAAGAUGUCCUGUUCAGACCCGAGAGAAGCAGGUUAGAGGUGGACCUACAGAGGAUGUUCACAUUCCGUAAUUCCAAGCAGAGUUACCAUGGCAUCCCCAUCAUUGCUGCCAACAUGGACACCACGGGCACCGUUGAGAUGGCACACGUCCUCAGCAAGGAUGGCGGAUGCAGCUGUCCUGGCGAUGUGGCUAACGCAUUUGGCGCGGGAGCUGACUUUGUGAUGCUGGGGGCCACGCUGGCUGGCCACGACCAGUGUGCCGGAGAGGUAAUUAAGAAGAAUGGCAAAAAGAUCAAGCUGUUCUAUGGGAUGAGCUCUGACACGGCCAUGAAGAAAUAUGUAGGGGGAGUGGCAGAGUACCGGUACAAUAAUAAUAAUUUGGUGGGUGCUUAUAUCUGUCCUGUUUUACACAUGUGAAUUGGAAAUGUGUUUUUU